CGCGGCUGCCCUGUCUGCACUGCCGGCCCCGGCCGCCGUCGGUGGCGCUCGGCCGAUUAUUGAUCAUGGAGGGGAGUGGCGCCGGCGCCGACCGGCCGUCCGGUGCCGCUGAGCGCGACCGGCGCGGAGUCUACCUCGAGGACGUGGCCAAGGAGUUCGACAGCUGGCUCUUCUGGCGUGAUGAGGCUGGCGCGGUGGGCCCUGAGCCGGCCCAACAGCCCGGGUUUCAGGUGGUGACCGCGCGCCGCGUACACCUGGCCGAGACAGCGCGACUGGCGGCGCCCGAGGCGCAGAGGGCGCCGUGUCGGAUCCCGAGUCCGACCGACCAGCUGUUGGCGGAGUCCAGACAGCGAUUGCGAGGAUCCAGCGCCGCCGCCGCCGCCGCCAGCGUAGUGUCCGACUCGGGAAUCGCGUGUGGUGCGUCUACUGCCGACGAGGCGAGUGACUUAGAGGAGGACUGGUCGGUGCAAUCUGGACACGAGAUGGGUAACAAAAUGGGCACGGCUACGCCUGAGCGGCGUAAGACGCGUAUCAUGGCGAUCAAAGACGCGGGGAGAAAGAAACGCCUGGGUGGCUCGUCGUCGUCCAGUGCAGAGAUUUUGGACACAGUGCCGCCGCGAACUGAGCAGCCGGUGGCGCCAGCCGACCGCGCCGACGUGCCGGAGCGGGUGGCGCGGUUCCCCCGACCGGGGCCGGACUCGCCUGUUAAGGCCCCGCCUCACCAGGCGAGUGCACAGCCCCAGCCUGUGCCGCAGCAGCCGCAGCCGCAGCAACCUCAGCCACAGCAGCCGCCCGCUGAAGCUACCAACUCGUUUGUCACGGAUUCAUGGAAACAGGUGCGUCGGCUGCAGGAGGGCUGUGACGCCGCCGCCGGGGUCGCCUCUGACGAGAGCUCCGGCUCGUUCACGGACCCUCUGAGCUCGUCGCGGGCCGGCGCGCGGUCGGGGACCUCCAACACGAUGCGCCAGGACGCCGACCCGGACACGGCCACACUGACGGACGCUCUGGUAGCUGCCGAGCUGCCCAUGGACGACACACCAGUGCGGCGCCAUGACGAGCCACUCCACCCGGACUCGAUCGAACUCAGUGUGGACGAGCGGUUCAGUGUGGACCUGACCCGCUCCUGCGAGCCCUCGAUGCUGCAAAGUCUGCUGAGCGACGCAACUCCGGUGGCCGAGGACAGGGCGCGCUCGUUCUCACAGGCGGAUGUGAAUGAAGGGGGGUCCCCUCGGCCCUCGACACGGCCGACCUUCACGGUCACCAAGCACCGUAAGGUGGACCUGGGCGGACGACUGAGCCAGACGGCUCCCGGCCUGGAGCACACCACGUCGGAGCACUGCCUGCCAGUUGGGCCCAGCUGUGGCCGGGAGGCGGGCAUGCAGUGGCUGGUUGUGUUGACGGCCGCGCUGGCGGUCGGCGGCGCUCAGCCGCCCCCCGCCGAGCCGGUGUACGCCGGCCUGACGCGCGAUCAGGUGAUUGUGGCGUUGAAGGCCGCCUUCGCCACGCUCUCGGCCGAGGAGCGUGCCGUGCCAUCGGUGGCUCAGGUGGCCGCCGGUCCGGAGAUCGGGCCAGACGCGGGGCCCGGCGCGGCGGAGGUCCCGGCCGCGGCUGCGGCUCCCUCCGAGACAGCUAACCCGGUGGAGCAGUCAGAGACGGUACCAGAGACAGCGUCGUCCCCGGAGCCCCCAGCCGAGGUACCGGGAGGGCAGUCCGAACCGGACCCCGUGCCGCCGACCGGAGCCGACGACACUGCGCCCAGUCGAGCGCCCAUCGUCGUGCCUGAGGAGUACUACCCCAGCACCUUCAGCCACCCGUUUCCGCCGGGUUUCUUCAGUCUCUACAAGAUCCCAAAUGAGAGCGAAGCACCGAGCGCUGGCUCUGUGUAG